AAAUGACGUAAUCUCUCCCAGAGCUUGACAGUUUUCUGUUGCGGUAACGACACACGCUGAGCUAGAGAGAGAGCAAGGAGCCGGUUAGCUAGACAUUUACUCAUAUCUCAUGUUUAUUCGCCUUGGGUUUACAAUUGUAGAACGAGUUAACAUAGUGUCUUAAAAAACAAGGCAUCUAUAAAACCAAGCCACGUAUUUUGUGUUAUUCCUGACUUGGCUAACCAGCUGGCUAAUGUUAGCAGUUUCCUGGUUGGACUUGCAGCCAUUUUGGAUUUUUACAGAGAAGCAACUAGCCGGCCAUAGUUUUAGAAGCAGUGUAAGCUAGCCAGCGCUCCUGUUUUCAUAAGAAAACAGCGUUGUUUAUCUAUCGACAGAGAAAAGGAGACGUUUCUCGAGAGAGGAUACACUGCAUAACGAGUCAACAAUGAACCCAGAGUAUGACUAUUUAUUCAAGCUGCUCCUAAUUGGCGAUUCUGGUGUUGGAAAGUCUUGUCUUCUUCUGCGAUUUGCAGAUGACACAUACACAGAAAGUUACAUUAGCACAAUUGGCGUGGACUUCAAAAUACGAACCAUAGAACUAGAUGGAAAGACCAUUAAACUUCAGAUUUGGGAUACGGCAGGUCAGGAGAGGUUUCGUACAAUCACAUCCAGCUACUACAGAGGUGCUCAUGGUAUCAUUGUAGUGUAUGAUGUCACCGACCAGGAGUCCUUCAACAAUGUCAAACAGUGGCUACAGGAGAUUGAUCGUUAUGCCAGUGAAAAUGUCAACAAGCUAUUGGUUGGGAACAAGUGUGACCUGACGACAAAGAAGGUGGUGGAUUACACAACAGCAAAGGAGUUUGCUGACUCUCUGGGCAUCCCCUUUUUGGAAACCAGUGCCAAGAACGCUACCAAUGUUGAGCAGGCCUUCAUGACCAUGGCUGCUGAAAUCAAGAAGAGGAUGGGCCCCGGGGCCACAGCCGGAGGAGGGGAGAAGCCCAACGUCAAGUUGACCCCUGGCACUACUGUCAAGCCUUCAUCAGGAGGGUGCUGCUGAGAGAGAAACCACUUCGACUUUGACACCCCGCCCUCUUAUUCUGCAGGCCUGUCAGCCUGGCUGUCAUCCCCCUGAAACUCCAAGCAAAGCCCCAACACAACCAGACAGGACAGAGAAGACAUGAUUUACAACAUGUCCAUGUGAGAACAAGAUGAAGUUACAUGUAUUUGUACUGUACAUAAUAUAGCCACACUACCAAAAACAAAUAAAGCAUCCUUCUUUUCAUGCUGUCCUGAUAUUGAUGACAAAUUCUAAAGAUAUGUGAUCAUUCGACCCAACCCUGAAUCCUCACCCCCUCCCCACCCCAUCUCAGGCCUCUCAGAGACUUUUCUUUCAUUUGGACCUCUGAAUGCAGGUUCACGAGAACAGUGUGUGCGUGUGUGUUUGUCUGGCUGUCUGUCUGUCUUUUUCUCUGCAUUCCUAUAAUGGGGUUGGUAAAUGAAUUGAUUUCAUUAAGGUUUCUGUUUGUAUGGACCUUUUCUGUUUCUCUUCAGUGAUUAUUUUGCUGUUUGUAUCAGCAUUGGUCUGCCAGUCUGUUCCCAUCUGAAUGUUUCUUUUUUUUUGUUGUUUUUUUUUUAAUUUCCCUUACCAACCUUUGCACAGCGGUCUCAUAGUCCAGCAUCUAAAGUUGUGUGCAACAGUAUAUGUACAUACACAUUAUGUAUAUAUUAUGUCAGAUUUGAUUUGCCAGUUCUGUAGUGUUCCAUACAUUAUUGGGAUAGCCUUGACUCUUAAUCUCUGCAUUAAAUUUGUGGCUGAAGACAACUGUAAGUUUGUUGCUCAACAUGUAACACUUCAACUGAAAAUAAAUAUUGUACUACCAGACUGUA